AUGGCGGAUGUAUCGACGAUGGGAUCGCAUCCCUUGAAGAGUCGUUUAUCGACUUCAUACUUCCCUAAUAUUCCACCUGCUGCACCUAAGGCUGCAAUCUCGUACUGCAAGUCCGUCAAUGAUGCUCCAUACACGGCACUUAUGGGAGUGGUCGUGGAUGCUCGUCAGCCAGAUAGGCAUCCUAUUACUCCACGGUGUCGGAUGAGGAAACUUGUCGGGAGCACCAACAGGUGGCGCCUCCCGGAGUCACUGGGAAGUGAUCUGUUAGGGAGUCGUCAGGCCAUAAAAUCUGUAGCGAUGCCCUUCAAUCAAAGUCUCAUCAAUAUCAUCACAGCUGAAAGUCCCCAGAUCAACAUGAACCUGGACACAAGCAUGCCUUAUAAGUUCCGCCAGAUAAUGGACCGACCCUACACACAGCCAAUGGCUGAGUCUCAGCCAGAAGCUGUGCAGAGAAAUGGCAGUUUCAUGGUACCAAAGCCUCCUCCAGUUCCAGCUUCUGCACCCUCCAGGGCACCUGCUGGUCCUGUCAACAAGUAUAUUCCUUCCAGUGCACGGCCGACUACACCAAAAGAUAUCUUUCUCUACCAUUCAAAGAAAAACAAGAACUAUGUCGGACCUGGCGGGAAAGUACGAGAUCACGGGUUUUUGGGUCCAAUGUCUAGAUAUGAUGUACUAUUGAAAUGCCUUGGGAUGGAUUGGGAGUUACACCGCCCCUACUUGCAGAAGUCUGAGGUUCUCGCCCAGCUUCUUCGUGAGGCUGAUGAUCCUCGUGUCCAGAAAUACUAUCGCAGCCCAGCCUCCGAAACCCUUGACAGUUACAUAAAGAAGAGUAACUUCUAUAGCAAUGAGUACCGUGAGAUUAGUAACAGGUUGAGUAUGGUUGAUGGAGAAGAAAAGCAAGAAGAAGAAGAAGCUAAAGGAUUAGAUCAUCCAGCCCAUAUCUCACAGAAGAGAUUUAAUAAUGUCACUGUUAUCAAACUUGACAUCAGAGACCCUCUUGUCACCAAACGAGCCAUGGCUGUUACCCUGGGGAAUUUGUACCAUGAUGAGCAAGAGGUGAACAAAGAAGACAUAGUCGGGGUUUUAGCUGCAGCAUCAUACCUUGGGUGCAAAUCUCUCAUGGAUGGGUGUGCUAAGAUGAUGUUGAAGACUAUCAGCUACAGAACAGUCUGUCAAUACCAUAAGGCUGCGUCAAAGUAUCAACAGGAACAUGUAGUGUUGGCCUGUGAGAGGUGGAUGGAACUUAACCUCAUAGCUCAGCUAUCCACACAGAUCCAACUGAGAGAGGUACCAAUGGAAGUUCUACAGAAAAUCCUUAAAUCAAAUAGGUUGUUUGUCUACAACGAAUAUAGUGUAUACAAGACCUUAGCCUACUGGCUGUUCCUUCAACUGAACCAACACAUCCAGUUGAUGCCCUCACAUAGUACAGUUCUCACAUUCUUCAACAGUUUACCUAAAUCUGCCAGUUUCUUGGACAAUGAUGAUGGUCAGAUUUAUGCUCCGUUGUUUGCGGCGGUCAGGCUGCAUGGAAUUGUAGACACCAACAAUAUCCAGGACAUGCAGUUAAUGAACAUCUUACCUCAGUCUACGUUGAUAGAUCUUCUGUCACAACACUACCAUGCUCUCCAAGGUGGGGGAGACAUGGCUGCUCUCCGACAUUUCACCACGGGUGCCAUCAGACAAGGAUUUGUUGUAGAUGAUGAGCCACACUACCAUUCUGAAGUGUUUUCGCUUCAUGGAUUUCACUUCGAGCUGAAAGCUGUCAGAAACAACAAAGACCAGAUUGCUGUUUUUAUGCAGCGCCUUCGGCCGGGUGAUCCUAUAUUGAGUUUCCGACAAUGUGAGCGACACACUUUCUCCAUGCGUGCUGAUCGGGAAGUGCGGUAUUGUAUUACAGUCCAGCAAAUGGACAGCGGUGAUCACAACUUGAAAACUACUGGAAUAGUCACUCAGAAAUUUGGUCUUGGCGAAAAGACCAGUAGAAGUGAAGUAAUUAAACUUGAAAAAUUGGACAAACCUGCUUACGUCGUGUUUUCUAUCUUCUUUCCUGCUUCGUAA